AUGGAGGGCUGGUUAAGCUUGUAUUUCAUAGGCAUAUCCACGGUACUAGCCCUCUGGUUUCUCGUAUUCUUUGGCAGCAAGAGAAACCCCAAGAAGAAGCAACUCCCUCCCGGGCCGUGGACUCUCCCGAUCAUCGGAAGCCUCCACCACAUCGUUGGCGACCUCCCACACCGCAGGAUGAUGAAGAUGUCUCUCCAGCAUGGGCCACUGAUGUAUCUCAGGCUAGGUGAGGUCCCAACAGAUAUCAUGGGCUGUGGCGGUAUGGGCAUCAUCUUCGGCCCCUACGGGGAUAGGUGGCGCCAGAUGCGCAAGAUCUGCAUCGUGGCCAAGCAGGUGAGGCGUUUAGAGGGCAUCAAGGCCAACGAGGUAGGUAACCUCCUCCAUUCCAUGGCCACCGCCGGUGCUACCGUAAAUGUGAGCGCGAAGAUGGCAACACUCAGCAGCAAUGUUGUGACACGGGCAGUUUUCGGCGGCAAGUUCACACGGCAGGAUGAGUACCUCCACGAGCUAAGCAAGGUGAACGAGCUUUUGGGCAGCUUCUGCCUCGUGGACCUUUUCCCGUCAUCGUGGCUGGUGCGGUUGCUCAGCAAUGGUGAGCGCCUUAUGAGGAGGAGCUAUGGCCGUAUCCAGCACAUCAUCACUGAGAUCAUCGAGGGGCGCAAGGCUGCGCGAGCUGCCGGUGGCCAUGCCCGCAGCACCAAUGAUGAGGACCUACUGGAUGUACUACUCAGGCUGCAGGAAGAUGACUCGUUGACCUUCCCUCUAACUUCAGAGAUUAUCGGAGUCGUCAUUUUUGACAUAUUUGGAGCUGCUACUGGGACCACCGGAACUGCAGUGGAGUGGGCUAUGUCAGAGCUAUUGAACAACCCUGAAGCAAUGGCUAAAGCACAACAAGAAGUCCGGGAAGUGCUAGGCCAAGGUCGACAUGUCAUCAAAAGUACCGACCUCAGUGAGCUCCAAUACAUGCAGAUGGUCAUCAAGGAGGUGUUAAGGUUGCAUCCUCCGGCUCCGCUCGUCCCUAGAGAGACGAGAGAGGACUGUGAAAUCAUGGGCUAUGACAUGCCUAAAGGCACUAAUAUCUUUGUUAAUGUCUUUGCAAUUUCUCGGGAUCCCAAAUAUUGGGACAACCCCAAAGAGUUCAAGCUGGAGAGGUUUGAGAACAGCAAUGUCGAAUAUUAUGGGACGCAUUUUGAAUUCACUCCUUUCGGGGCUGGGCGAAGGCAAUGCCCUGGGAUAUUGUUUGCCAUGUCGACCGUGGAGAUUGUCUUGGCAAACCUACUCUACCACUUUGACUGGGUGCUUCCUGGAGGGGCAAGUGCAGAGUCAGUGGAUAUGUCUGAGAAAUUUGGGGUCAGUGUAAGGAGAAAAUUGGACCUGCAGCUGAUAGCCAUUCCAUAUAAACGUUCCAAGGCUAUUUCGAUAUAG